AUGGCCCGCGCGGACCCAGAGGCGUUGCGCCGGCUGCGAGUCCAGGCGCACGUCGCGAGGGAAAUCAUUGCCCGGGAGGUGUUCAGACGCGAGCCGCAGAAGCAGGCCUGGCACGACCACUGCGACACCGUCCUCGGCGGCAUCCGCGACCCCAGCCGCCACGACGCGGCAGUCGGGCUGGCUCCCGUCUCGCGCUGCCCCCCGCUCGGCGUGCUCCGCGGUCGGCCGUGCGCCCUCGACGCCGCGCGGCGGCGGGUCAGCACGGUGCUGCACGAGUACGACCUCCUCGGCCCGCGCCUCGCGCUGCAGGCGGAGGAACCCCAGUUCGAGGGAAUCCUCGUGCAGGUGGCGGGCGCCGCGGACCUAAGCGUGGAGGAGCCGCGGCAGCCGCUGAGGGAGCUCGUUGAACGAACCGUUGAUGCGGAACCCGUCCUGAAACGCCUGCGGGCGUGUCACAGUUUCCCCGAACGGGCCAUUUUUGGGGACGCCGCAGCGUGCCUCCGAUGGAUGGACGACCGAAGUGCGGCCGAGGCCCCGCCGCCGCCAGGGGCCCGUGCGAUGGCGGGGCCCCGCUUCGAGCGGAGGCGCCGCGCUCCGCGGAGGAGAGCGGGCGAGGGCGUGAGGUGCAGGAGCGGGCUCGGUGGAAACCUGAUCGGGCUGCUCGAGGAGAUGGGAGCGCCUUCCCGCGAGACUGCGCAGGUGCGCAAGCACCCGGAGCGGGCGAAGGACGGCGUCACGGGCUGCGCACGCAUCAACACAGUGAGGUCGCACCUGCGAGUCAUGGAGACGAUGCGCGGGUGGCUCGUGCCCGCGCACGGAGCCCCGUGGCCCGCGAAGAUCGUGCACUUCAUCGAUUACGUGCGCGCCAGGGCGGCCGAGCCGCGUGGGGAAGGGGCCGCUCUUUUCCCCAGCGCGUUCAUCGGGGCCUUGGAACGGCUGGUCUUGGACGACGGCCUCGCGCCGUACCUGCGCGGGGUGACGUGGCUUCGUCUCGUCAAGGAUGCGCCGCCGCCAGCCAUGUGGGGCGAUAACCUCAAGACCAUUCCUGAAGGCGUGGACGGCAAGGCCGCCCUCGAGGAGGUCAGGGCGCGAGUCUUCGGAAGAGAUGGGCCGGCCCCUGGCUCGGCGGAGAGCUCGGUGGCCUACCUGCGGUCGGAGCACAUGCUCGUGCGCUUCCUCAUCGCGAGGAAGUGGGACGUGGAGAAGGCCACGGAGAUGCUCCGGGACCAUUACAAGUGGCUUGCCGAGAAGAACAUGUCAAAGCUGCUACAGGACCCCUUCCCAGAGGAGCAGCACAUCAAGAAGUUCUACCCGCAGACGUUCCACGGGACCGACAAGAUGGGGCGCCCGAUCUACAUCGAGCGGCCCGGCCACAUCGACAUGCCGCGCCCUUCGGCGCCUCGGCACUCGCUCUCCCGCUCCUGCUCCCCGCGCCCCGCCCGUCUCCUUCGCCCUCCUCCUCCACCUCUGUCGCCAGUUGAGCUUUGGCGCGGUCUGUUCUGUCGGCAGCGUCACACACUUGUUGUCGUCGCGGGCCCAGCGAGCGCGCAUGGCGGUCGAGCGACACAAGCGGCCGUGCAGCGAAUUGUUGAAGAGAUGGAAACUGGACUAGGCGGCGGGCUAAGCAGCGUCACCCUCGAUCCGUGUGGCUGCGGGCUGGCUUGGCUACGAGGUACCGCGUUGCGGAUGCCAAGAGAGAUACGCGACGCAUUCCCCGCCUUGUUGUUGCCUUGA